GAUUUUGACAUCAUGGCACCCUCCGAUAUGUCUCAUUUAAGAGUCGGAUCAGGCACCCAUUGCUCCUUUCAGACGCUCGAUGGUUGGACAUAUCCUCCGAUGGCAGUGCGUCGCCACCAUCACAAGACAGUUUACGCACCACACAAACAGCUCUUGGUACGGUACGGUACCUUGGCCAUGGUCUCUAGCACGACUGCGUCCAUUACAGGUGCCCUACAGGCCAAUCGAUAUCAAGCGUCCUCUCGGACUGUUAAUAACCUUAUUCAUCCUCGGCACAGUGUGCUUCCAUGCCACGAGACACUUGAAGGUCCGGGUGGCGUUCAGGCCUAUUGCUUCAUCCGAUCCCCGGUUCAGGAGAGGUAUACCUCACCAGUCACCACCACAAGGCCACGACCAAGACCGUUAGGACUGGCAUCUGUCUCGGUGGUCGUGAACAGAGACGUUAGCUGUUUUGCGAAGGACAGCUAGAUAUGGAUCCGCUGACGCUCCUCGACAGUGCCUCCCGACCUUCGAGAGAUCCCAGACCAUUACCAGCACUCCGAACACCUUGAAAGCGGCUCGCGGGCAUGUCUUGCUCUGGAGCCGGCGAUGAGGGUGGCGGU